AUGUCGACGCAGACUGACGCUGGCGUGCUCCUCACGCAUGCUCCCGACGGCGUGGGCUACAAGCUGCUGGAGCUGCCACCGGAACUGCUGGCGGAGCUCGAGUCUGAAGAUCCUCCCACCCUCAGUCUGGAGUCGUCUUCUACGUCUGCCGUCAUAAAGCACGGGGAUAAGUCGUGGGGCAUGCGUCAGAAGAAUACCUCCAACGCGCUGAUUCUGCUUCGCCCCGCCGAAACGACCACAGACUCAUCACAUAUUCCCGAAGUUGGACUCAAAGCUGUGGCAACCAUUCACGACAGUGUCGAGCUCGUGUCAGAGGCCGCAGCCAGCGUUGCCCCUGCUGCCAGAGGCAAGUGGCACGAGAAGUUCGCACGCGGACGAUGA